AUGGAGACAAAAUACACAUACCGCGUGCGGCCUGGCCUUUACUCAGACGUGAGUGAAGUCGUCAAGAUCUGGAAUGCUGCGUUUGCUAAAGACCAACUUAUGGAUAUUCUAUUCCCAGGUCGACAGAUCCAUCCGGAGUUGAUGCAAGCUCAUAUUACGCGACUCUUCUACUCUCGCUACUGGACUCUUAAUUAUGACCUGCACGUUCUUACAUCAACGGCCGAUAAUAAGCCUGUGGGCUUCACCUGGUGGAAGCGGCCCGACUCUCAACUGUCAUUCUAUGAACGCUGGAUAUCUCCUUCUGCCUGGGCCUCCCCAAUCAUUCACGCCUGUUACUGGCUUCGCAAUAAGCUCUUCCCUAUUCCGAAUCUGGAUCAGCACGCAGCUGGAACUUUCGCACGCGCCUUCGAGGAUAUUGAACUGAAGUUGCAAAGAAGCUCUUGGCACCGCGAUGCCUGGUACCUCUCUACGUUGGCUGUUGAGCCGCCACUUCAGGGUAAUGGCUUGGGAAGCAUGCUCUUGAACCAUGGGUUGGAAAGGGUUGACCAGGCCGGUGUAGCUGCUUGGUUAAUCGGGCUUGAGGGUAUCGAUAGCUUCUAUGAGCGAAACGGAUUUGUAACGGUUGAGAAGGCCAAUGUGGGCGAGCUGGGACACUGGAAUGGUGGUUCUAUUAUGCUGAGGAACGAUACAGCAUGA